AUGUACUUGACUUUUCAACUUUUUUGUCCACGUUUUUCUCUUGCACUCAAUGAAUUACACCGAAUGACACGUUUGACUAUUUUUGCUUUAGCAUGAAAUUUACUCGCUCGCUCAACAUUGUUAGGUUAGGCGCGGAGCGCCUCAAUCAAACAGACCUAGUUCAACAUGUGUAAUACCUACCAGAAAUGGCUGGAAUACGUAAUUAUGUACAAAUAAAACAUUGUAGUAAAGUAUUUAGGUUGUUUAGCACAAAGAUAUCAACUAACCUAAAAGCUCCCACGCACAGUGACAUAAUUGGACCACCCGACCCAGUUUCGAAUUUAAGACCAAUAGUAUACGCAAAACCUAAAAAUGAAAGCAAUCUGGAAAAGAAGUACAGAGAGGCUAGAGAGGAUACACAACUCUGGAAUGAGAACUUUUGGAGGAAGCAUAAUAUGAGUUUUAUACAAGAGCGGAAACAAUUUCAAGAAGAUCUGAAGGCACAGGGAAAGCUAUCAAUUACUGCAGAUGAUAUGUCAAUAUUCUAUAAGGAAUUUUUAGACAAGAAUUGGAAGACUCACUUACAUUAUAAUAUUGCAUGGUAUAAAAGAAAUAUUAAAUUAUUAUUUCUUGAAAUAGGAGUAAGAAUAUCUAAAUUAAAAUUUAAAUAAUACAGAAAUAUUCAGUGAAC